CGGACGCACAGUCAGAUAAGCAUGGUGAAGGAAAACCUGCCCAGCUGGGUCCAUCAGGACUCUGAGGAGGACCUGGUCCAUGUGAACGUUGGAGGACUGAGGAGGAGUCUGUGCUCCAGCACACUGAAGAAGUUUCCAGACACCAGACUAGGAAAACUACUGUCAUGUGACUGCGAGGAAGACAUACUACAGGUGUGUGACGACUAUGAUGUUCAGCACAAGGAGUUUUACUUUGACAGAAACCCUGGUCUGUUCCCGUACGUCCUCCAUUUUUAUCAGACUGGAAAACUGCACAUCAUGGAGGAGCUCUGCGUCUUCUCCUUCAGUCAGGAGAUCGAGUACUGGGGCAUCAACGAGUUCUUCCUGGACAGCUGCUGUAGUUACCGUUACCACGACCGCAAACUGGAGAGCAGCCGCCAUCGCAGCUGGGACGAUGAGAGCGACGUGAGCAGUGUGGACACGUCUGUGGACGAGAUAUCAGAUUUAAACAGAGACAUGCAGCACUUCCAGCAGGUUCGUUACGGCAGCAUCAGGAAGUGUCUGUGGUUGACCCUGGAGAACCCUGGGUACUCCAUCCCCAGUAAACUGUUCAGUCUCAUCUCCAUCAGCGUGGUGCUCACUUCCAUAGCAACCAUGUGCAUCAACAGCAUCCCAGAGCAUCAGAUGUUCGACAGUGAUGGGACGCUCAUGGAGGACCCCACCUUACAGGCUCUGGAGGUGUUCUGCACCUGCUGGUUCACCUUCGAGGUGGUGACCCGCCUGCUGCUGGCCCCAAACAGGAGGAAGUUCUUCCAUCACCCUCUGAACCUCAUAGACAUGGUGUCUGUGGUGCCCAUCUACAUCACACUCAUAUUUGACCUGAGUGUGGGUUCAGAGUCUGAGCUGGGAGACCUGGGACGCCUCAUACAGGUCUUCAGGCUGAUGAGGAUCUUCAGGGUUCUGAAACUGGCUCGACAUUCCACAGGGCUGAGGUCACUGGGGGCAACACUACGGCACAGUUAUCGUGAGGUGGGAAUCCUUCUGCUCUACCUGGCAGUGGGAGUGUCCGUCUUCUCUGGAAUCGCUUAUACUGCAGAAUAUGAAGAGGACGUGGGCCUGGACACCAUCCCGGCUUGCUGGUGGUGGGGCACCGUCAGUAUGACCACGGUGGGCUACGGGGACGUGGUGCCCGUCACGGUGGCGGGGAAGCUGGCAGCCAGCGGCUGCAUUCUGGGCGGGACGCUGGUGGUGGCGCUGCCCAUCACCAUCAUCUUCAAUAAGUUCUCCCACUUCUACCGACGACAGAAAGCUCUGGAGGCGUCGGUGAGGGAUGGUAACAGCGGGAAGGGGAGGAGCUACGAGAAGGAAAUGGAGGAGGAAGAAGAAGAGGAGGAGGAGGAGUCAGACGGAGACAGCCGAUGUCUGGACGACGACGACAUUGACGACAUCGAAGACGAUGAUAUCGAUUAUGAGGAUGAGGGAGGGGUGAUCAAUUACAGCUUUGUGGAGCACGUGUCCUUUACAGCGAGGAAGGAGCUGCAUCAGCUGUGA